UGAAUAGCAGUAGUAGAAGAAGAAGUGCAGCCGCAGUAACAACAACAACAGUGGUAAAAACAUGGCUGCCGACGAUCUUGAUUCAGACGUGUUUGAGAUAAACGACUUCACCACCGCCUCCGAAUGGGAACGGUUUGUGUCCAGAGUGGAGGAAGUGCUGAGUGACUGGAAGCUGACCGAGGCCUCUGUGGGGAAACGGUCACCAGAGAAGGGGGAAUACACCAGUGGAACCUGGGGAGAAGAAUCCAAGGACAUCAGUUUUGCUGAUUUUAAGUUUUACAUAACCCACUACUUUCUGAAACAAGAAUGCAAACAGGACGAUGUGCCGGAGAAGCGGGAAGAAGAUUCAAUACCCAUUGCAAUGCAGGACCUUCUGUGUAUGAACAACGACUUCCCCCCUCGAGCCCACUGCUUGGUAAGAUGGUUUGGCCUGCAGGAAUUUGUGGUAAUCAGCCCAGGAACAAACUGUGAGGCCAUCAUCAGUGAGUCCAAAUGCAACCUGCUUCUCAGCUCCAUCUCCAUUUCUCUGACCAGCAGUGGUUGCCAGGUUCCCAUGUUUGUGCAGAUCCAGCAGAAGUGGAGGCGGAUAUACGUGGGAGAGGGUCAGGGACCAGGCGUUCGAACCGAUUUUGAGAUGGUCCAACUCCGCAAAGUCCCAAGCCAGUACAACCACUUGUCUGGGCUUCUUGACAUUUUCAAAUCAAAGAUAGGUUGUAACCUGCUCCCUCUGCCUCCGGUCGACGUGACCAUCCGCUUCACCUACAUCCUCCAAGACUGGCAGCAGCAUUCAUGGCCACAGCAGCCUCCAGACUUUGAUGCUCUGCUCGGAGGUGAAGUGGGAGGAGUGGAGUUUGGGAACCUUCCCUUUGGAGCCUGUGAGGAACCAAUCAGUGAACUUCAUCUGGCGACCACCUGGCCUCAGCUGACAGAGGACAUAGUUGUGGACAACGAUGUCUACAGUGACCUUGAACCUCUCCAAGCUCCUCAUUGGUCAGUUCGAGUUAGGACAGCAGAGAACCCCCAGUGUUUGAUGGGCGACUUUCUGACAGAGUUCUUCAAGCUCUGCUGUAGAAAUGAGUCCACAGAAGACAUUUUGGGAAGAGGCUUGGCAGAAGAGGAGGGACGAGAAAGCAGUGACCUCAGCUCUGCCUUAUCCAGGCUGACUGAGCCAGCAGCAGCCGUGCCCAUAACCAAGCUGUCCGUGUCCAGCAUGGUGCACAGUGCCCGCAAGCACAUCCGCCGCCGGAGGCACAUUGAUGAGUCACCACUCAACAACGACGUCCUCAACUCCAUCCUUCUGUAUCUCUUCCCGGAUGCUGCUGUGGAGAAGUCGUCCGACGGUGUGAAGGAGAAUGCUGCCCAGCCAAACUCCUACAGGACAUCAGAGCAGGAGAGACAUUCUGAGGAUACCCUGUUCCUCCAGCUGAAGUCGGCUCCGGCCGAUAGUCUGACCUACCGGCUGGCCUUGUGUCUCUGUCUGGUCAACUACAGCCACGGUGGCCUCCCAGCUGUGGCUCACCUCUGGCAGGAAUUUGUCCUGGAGUUGCGUUACCGUUGGGAAAACAACUAUCUUAUCUAUGGAUUGGACAGUGGACCUCCAGAUCUUCGCUGUUGUCUUUUGCAUCAGAAGUUCCAGAUGCUGAACUGCUGCAUAGAGAGGAAGAGGGCCAGAGAUGAGGCUCGCAAGGUGCUCGAGAAAAGCAAAGAAAAAGAAGACAAGGUGCAAGAGUCCUCAACAGCAGCCACCAAAACCUCCUCCUCAACUCGAGAGCCGUCCUCUGGGAAGUCCUGGGAUUCGUGGAGCGACAGUGAGGAGGAGUUCUUUGAGUGCCUGAGUGACCAGGGAGACAACGAGUCUCCACAAGCGGGGGCAGUGAAGGACAGCGGCAGAGGGAAGGCGGAGGGCAGGCUGCACCCCUACGGCCAGCUGACUCUGCUCCACUCUGCAGAGCCUCUCUACGUCCCCGAGCCUGCUCCCAUGACGGAGGACCAGCUGGAGGAGCAGUCCGAGGUGCUGGCCAAACUGGGCACGUCGGCUGAGGGGACCCACCUGCGUGCUCGCAUGCAGAGUGCAUGUCUCCUCUCGGACAUGGAGUCUUUUAAAGCCGCCAACCCAGGCUGUGUUCUGGAGGACUUUGUGCGCUGGUACUCACCCAGGGACUACAUAGAGGAGGAGGUGGCUGAUGGGAAGGGAAAGCCGGUGCUGACGGGGGAGCUCAGUGCCAGAAUGAAGAUCCCGGGCAACAUGUGGGUGGAGGCCUGGGAGACCGCCAGGGUGACGCCUGCUCGCCGGCAGAGGAGGCUUUUUGAUGACACCAAGGAGGCGGAAAAGGUUCUGCACUAUUUGGGGAUGCAGAAACCUGGAGAUCUGGUCCAGCAUCUCCUCCCCUGUGUGCUCCAUGCUGCUCUCCAGAAGCUGAAGCACGAAGAGACGGCCAUCACUCGAGCCCGCUCACUCAAGGCCAAGUUUGCUGUGAAUGAGGACAACGAUGGUGAAGCCUCUGACGAGCUGGAAGAGUUUGUGAGUUUGCUGCUGGAGGAGCCUGAGGUGGUGGUCACUGGAGCCGGCCAGGGCCAGGCUGGCCGGAUCAUCCACAGACUGUUCAUCAAUGCCCAGCGGGCGGCCCUUCUGCCCCCAGCAGACGAAGACUUGCCGACUGGCUCAAACAGAAAAGUGCCUGACUUCCCGGCCCCCGCCGGCCGGGAGAUCCUGCUGAGGACCUGCGUCCCCAGACCGGCUCCCUACUCCCGGGCUCUGCCUCAGCGGCUCUUCUGCGUGCUGAUGAGGGAUGAGUUCAGACUAGCGGGGGCCUUUUCAUCAGACACCUCCUUCUUCUGACAGCCAUUCCCCCUGAACUGUAAAAAAAGAGCAUUUAAAGAAUCUUUAGCUGUUUAAAAUGAAUACAUCCGUGUGAACUCCACCUCUAUUUUGAUAUUGAGCUUUAACGGCUGUCGGUGUAGAUUUAUGUACUGUCCAACCCUGAUGCAUCUCCAGACUUAUGCUAAAUGUGUUGAUUAACUGAUUACGCCUAAUUUUUUAAAUUAGAAAACUGCAGUCAUGAGUUGUACUAUUUCACUAAGAUCUCAUUUCUCAGAUUCCAUGUGGCAUACUCUGUACUAGAGAGGAGGAGUUAACAGAUUAAUUAAGAGCUGUUCAGGUACAUUUAGCCAUAAUCCAUACAAUACUUUCCAUAAAGUAUUUUCCCUUCAUAUGUUGGUUCUCUGUCCAUUCACUGAGAGUACUGAGCUGGAGCACCCGGACCUUCCUCUGAAAACAAACCAGCGA